UCCCUCUCUUUUUAACAUCGGACAAGCAACACAACGCGGAAAAUCUCUCAAACGAUAGUGCAUUUUCACCGCGAACAACCAAAAAUAUAAGAAUUUUGUCAUCUAGUCAAACCCUUUCUCUUUGUAUUUAUUAUAAACAAGAUUAGAAUGAAGUUUCUACAAAACUUAGUCAAUUUCUUUUAUAUGCUAUUCCAAUGAAAGAUAACAUUUUAUUAUCAGUUGUUGUGAUAGGUUAAGGACGAUCGAUCGUUCUUAUUUUUUCUAUUAAAAUACCUCUGUUUCCCUAUAAACCUCAUCGUUAGAUUAUUCCAACGCGUUGUAAAAUUGUUGCGCAACAUGUUGCAAUGGUAUAGCUUGAAAAUAAGAUGAAUAAAUACAUCUAUACACGGAUGGAUAUUUGAAAAAAAAAAAAGUAGCAAGUUGUAAUAACGAUUUUUCGAUCUUAAAAAAUACCCUAAGACGCCGAAGAAGAUUUAAGAAGGAAGAUUAUUCGGGUUUUGGGUAAAGCUUCGAGAUGGGCAAAGAAAAAAUCCAUAUAAAUAUCGUGGUAAUCGGUCACGUAGAUUCAGGAAAAUCUACGACCACCGGUCAUUUGAUUUACAAAUGCGGUGGUAUCGAUAAGCGUACGAUCGAAAAAUUCGAAAAAGAGGCCCAAGAGAUGGGUAAGGGCUCGUUUAAGUACGCAUGGGUUUUGGACAAGCUGAAAGCCGAGCGCGAGCGAGGCAUUACCAUCGACAUUGCCCUUUGGAAAUUCGAAACGGCCAAAUAUUACGUGACAAUCAUCGAUGCCCCAGGUCAUCGUGAUUUCAUAAAAAACAUGAUAACCGGUACGAGUCAGGCCGAUUGCGCGGUCCUUAUAGUAGCCGCUGGUAUCGGUGAAUUCGAAGCUGGAAUUUCAAAGAACGGUCAGACCCGCGAGCAUGCCUUGCUCGCGUUCACUCUCGGCGUAAAACAACUGAUCGUCGGCGUAAAUAAAAUGGACAUGACCGAUCCACCGUACUCGGAGAGUCGAUUCGAAGAAAUUAAAAAGGAGGUGUCGUCCUAUAUCAAGAAGAUCGGUUAUAAUACGGCGUCGGUAGCAUUCGUUCCAAUUUCUGGCUGGCACGGUGACAACAUGCUCGAAUCGUCUCCGAAAACCCUCUGGUACAAAGGCUGGAAAGUCGAACGUAAGGACGGCAACGCCGAAGGCAAAACUCUGAUCGAAGCACUCGACGCAAUCUUACCGCCAUCGAGACCAACAGACAAAGCACUUCGUUUGCCUCUUCAGGACGUCUACAAAAUCGGUGGUAUCGGCACCGUUCCCGUUGGUCGCGUCGAGACAGGCAUCCUCAAACCAGGGAUGUUGGUGACCUUCGCUCCGGCUGCACUUACCACCGAAGUCAAAUCCGUCGAGAUGCAUCACGAGGCCUUGAUGGAGGCAUUGCCAGGCGACAACGUUGGUUUCAACGUGAAGAAUAUUUCGGUGAAGGAGUUGAGGCGCGGCUACGUUGCCGGGGACUCGAAAAAUCAGCCACCUCGCGGGGCAGCCGACUUCACCGCUCAGGUCAUCGUUCUUAAUCAUCCCGGACAGAUCAGCAAUGGUUACACGCCCGUCCUCGACUGCCAUACCGCUCAUAUCGCCUGCAAAUUUGCCGAGAUAAAGCAGAAAUGCGACCGCCGUACCGGUAAAAUCACCGAAGAAAAUCCAAAGAGUAUAAAAAGCGGGGACGCAGCCAUCGUGAUGUUGCAGCCGACCAAGCCAAUGUGCGUUGAGGCAUUCCAAGAGUUCCCGCCUCUUGGCCGUUUCGCUGUUCGCGAUAUGCGUCAGACAGUUGCCGUGGGCGUUAUUAAGAGCGUCAAUUUCAAAGAUACACAGGGCAAAGUUACAAAGGCCGCGGAGAAGGCCCAAAAGAAAAAGUAACCAUCAAACUUCCUCGGAAGUUUCAAGUUGGCUGAUUGUUCCAUCGAUACCACCACCGCUAGGGUAUUUUAUUCAAACAAGGCACAAAUCGCUGCUGCUGCUGCCGCCGCCGCCGCCGCUGCUGCUCCUAUGUUCGUUCCUCACUCGAUUAAUAUCAAAAGUGAAAAGAUGUUGUGCUUACCCCCAUUACAUUAUCCAGUAGUAUUGAAUCCACGCAUCUAUCCGAACCUGCACAUACAAUUUACAUAUACCCCGCGCACCCCUCACAUAUGCUAGGGUUAAUUGCGUUUAUAUAAUACUUCAUUAUUACAUCGACGAUAUGUGUCCAUUUACUCGGUUUCCUUGGACUCUGUGUAGUAGUAGUUAGGUUUUCAAUUAAUAUAUUGAUGAAAGAACAAAAAGACAGGCGGGAUGCGUCGUUAUAUGACGCAUUACUCGACGCAUUACUCGACGCAUUAUUCCACGACGCCCUACGUCGUACGAGGCAGCGUGCCACUCGACUGGUUAGUCCAACAAGAACUUUGCAUUACGCAAAGAUAGCGUGCAACUUUGAUAACCAGAUGACAACUACAAUAUUUGAUCUUUUUCUCUAUUUGCCUCUUCAUUUGUCUCUAACAACGUGCACCAAUUGCAAAGAAAGACUUUAACCUAUAAACCAAAAGCGCGUGCUGCCUCGCAUUCCCAUAUUAUUCCAUUUUGUUUUAUUCGUUAAGGUUGAUUUGUUUGAAAAACAAAUUGGUUGCCUCAUGUUGCAAUUCAUUUGACUACUUAUAUAAGAAUAUCUAUAAUAUAUCAUUGAUAUAGGAUCAUCUCUUUCGACUAUCAACUUAUCUCUUAAUAUUUCUCUCUCGUGAUUCGCAACAAGAGGAAAAGCGGCAAAGUUGGAUUAAAAAAGUGCGGGUCUCCUUGCCGUUAUCCAUCGCCGUUGGUAUUACCGGUGAAUUCUGCAUUCCUUCACUGCUCUAUUCCAUUCUUCGUCAUUCCCUAUCUAUUUCUAUAUUCUCAUAGACGCGUUCUAUAAUUGUUUUGCCCCUUAGCCAGAUAUUAUGUUGAUGUAAUAAAAACAAAAUUUAAUUGCA